GAUCAUCCGCAGGCCUACACUAGUCAGUUUGUGUCUCUGAUCAUGUUUGGCCUGAUGAUGAGUGAAGACAGGCUUUCAAUGCAGCAGAGAAGACUGGAGAUCAUCAACGGACUCAAAAAACUGCCAGAGCUGAUCAAGGAAGUUCUGGCUCUUGAUGACCAAAUCAAAAGCAUUGCAGAUGAGCUCCACCAUCAGAGGUCUCUAUUGGUCAUGGGUCGAGGCUAUAACUAUGCCACCUGCCUAGAGGGGGCACUGAAAAUUAAAGAGAUCACAUACAUGCACUCAGAGGGCAUUCUGGCUGGAGAGUUGAAGCAUGGCCCAUUGGCGUUGAUUGACAAGCAUAUGCCGGUCAUCAUGGUCAUCAUGAGAGAUGCUUGCUACAAAAAGUGCCACAAUGCCUUGGAACAGGUCACAGCCAGACAGGGCCGCCCCAUCAUCCUAUGUUGCCAGGAUGACCCAGAGAUCAGCAAAAUGGCAUAUAAGACCAUUGAACUGCCUCACACAGUGGACUGUCUGCAGGGCAUCAUCAGUGUCAUUCCACUGCAGCUCAUAUCCUUCCAUCUGGCUGUUCUCAGAGGAUAUGAUGUGGACUUCCCAAGAAACCUGGCCAAAUCUGUGACUGUGGAGUAACUCCUCCCAGGAAAUGUGAACUAAUCGAAGUAGAAGAGAAGAAUACUGACCACCAAAGUGCAAUUACCAGUGUGUGUGUUUACGUGUGUUUGCAUCUGUGUGAAUGUGGGAGUGUGGGUUUUUAUGAAUCAUGAUCAAAUCCCUAAAGGCCACAAGACCUGAAUGGAACCAGUGAGGGGUAGGAGGGUGGCUGGGUAUUUUAUUCUAGUGAGAUAGACGUAAUACCAUUUGUUUCUUAAGUGCCUCAACAUCCAAGUGCAAAUGAAGGGAACCCUAAACUGUGCCUUACGCCCUUUUCUCUCAACACUUAACCGAGCCUGAAAAAUAACAACUAAGUCAAUUGUUCACCUCUGACAAAACCAAAGUGCAUUACAUUAAUCUGCACAAUUAAUCUGCGUGUCCAAGAAACUUGCCACCAAUCACAGGGACCAAAGAAUCUUAGUUAUGUUAAGUAGGUAAGGAAAUGAUGCGUAGAUGUGGAAGUACAUUAAUGUGCAAGUAUGAAUUGUUUUUAAAAGGAAGCUCUAAUACCUAUCAUGUGCAAUACUAGGAAACACUAUUUGUCAUUAUUGUUAUUGCAUUGCACACAUUUCUUAGCUGUAGCAAACAAGUGUUAAUCACAUGAACGUACAUACAGCAUUCAAUUAUCUUAGCGAAAAUAUAACAUAAAAAACUGGGUUCCACUGGAGAUUUUACUGUACUGUUAGAGUUUACUUUUCUA